CAGUGACAUUGUUCUAGUUGAAAUAUGUCUGGUUCAAAAAAGAAAAAGAAGUCAAAUAAAGAGACCGAGGAUGUUUCUGAGACUAAAACAGUAAAUUACGAUGAGCUGAUAGCGCAAGAUCCAAAUUUUUAUUUUAGUACUUCAAAGUUCUCGUUUCCAAACGGUGAUAAUUACGAAGGUGAAUUUUGUGCUCACUCUAGUGGGUUGGUAUGGAGGCAAGGAAAAGGUACAAGAAGAAUAGGAACCUACAUUACAAAAGAUGGUCAGACUUAUGAAGGAUCAUGGGAUGGAGAUAAGUUAGUAGAAAAUACUGACGUGCAUGUUACGUAUUUAGAUGGUUCUCAAUAUUUUGGGCCUCUAUGUAAAAAUAAGUAUACAGGUCCUGGAAUUUACCAACUAGAUGAAAAGGUUCAAUUGAUUACUAACUUCGUUGAUAACAAACCCAGUGGUGAACUCACUCUUAUCGAUCCAAAUCAAAAAGCUUGGACAGGGUAUUCAGAUGAAAAUGAUGAAAGCCUUUUAAUACCUGAACACGCGUUCUACAGUUGCCUGGGCAAAGAUUUAGGUAAAGGCAGAUCGAGAGAAAAACAAAUUAUCAAGAAAAAAAGCAGCACAACCAGCAAAGAUAGCUUAACCAGUUCAAAAAAAUCCGAACAAUCAACCACCGAUGUAAAAUACAAAGACAUACGCGAACUCGAACAGCAAAUCUUCGCAAAAUCCCAAAAAACACCCUUGGAAAUAAACUGGGAAGACUCUGAAUGGUACCAAGAAUACAAAGAGUACAAGCUCAAAUAUUUGCCCGUCUAUUGUAAGGUACUUAAAUCCGGUAAAAGUUCCUUAUCAGCCGAAGAGCUCGAAUGGUACGAUAAGUACAAGCAGUUCGAAGAGAGGUACGAGAAAGUUAUGAACGACUUUAAAAAUAAAGAGAAGAGAGAAGGUGGACCCUAUAAAAGCAAAUUGUUCGAAAUUAUUCAUUCGCAAUCCUACAAGAACGAGAAUAAACCAAUAAGCGUUUUUUAUUCAAGAGUAGCUCCAGAAGAUGGCUGAUUAUGGAGGGUUUUUGGUUGAUAUUAAUUUAUUUUUUAAUAAAAUUCUGUACGCCACUGAA